AUUACUCACAGCCACUGAUUACACAACCCGUGUGAACUGGAGGUGAAAGCUACAUGUAUGUCUGCUUACAUUGACAUCAGCAGGUGUGACAACUAGGUUUGUGUUUCCUCACAGAACAAUGACGACUCCUCAGUAUAGUUUGAAGUCGGGUGUGGGAUCUGUUGCUGCCACAGGCACCCUUGCGGAACGGCCGACACCUCGCGAGCGUAUACAAACGCGCCAACCAAACUCUACGAUUACAAAGCAAGCAACACAAUCUUCUACGGGAGCAGCAAAUGAUAUAAGCUAUAUCAGUGAUCUUCGAAAGCUUCUUCAGAUAGCAUCCGACCUCAAAGAGAUAGACUUGAAUACAGCACUAGAUGAUUACAAAGGGCUCCUGAAACAGACGAGGCAGGAAGACCGUGUGAGCAAUGAGGAGACCAUUCUGGAGACAAGGAGGGAGCGACUUCAAAGUCUUACGUCGGAGACAAUUAAGAACGAAAGGGAACGAUACGAAGUACUCAUGCAAGCGAACGAGAGAUUGCAGAAGGAGAAAAAUGACUUAGAAAAUAGAUAUCAACAAAUUGAACGCAUAUGUCAAGGUCUUGAUGUAGAAAAUAAAAACCAGAAAGAAGAAAUGAAGGGUAGAGAAGAGGAAUUGAGGAAGGUGAUGAAAGAGAGGGAUGCUGCCAUGGAAGAGAAAAAGCUGGUGAUGACACGAUUGAGUAAGGAGAUGGGAAUGAAGCUGAGUGACAACAAUCCAGCUAUCGCUGACCUCAGUGACCCCAACAGAGCCACAAAACUCGGGGAGAAAUACAAUGAGCUUUAUGAUGACGAAUGGACAGACGCCUUGGAGAAGCUGUGUGAUGUUGGUUACGACGAGAAAGCAGCCAUUGGAGAGCUUCUUGGUGCUCUUAAGACAUGCUACAGGAUAUGCGUGGACCUGUCGGAAAAGCAGAUGACGUCACUACAGAGGACAUUACUUAAUCCAGUCCUUACGGAAACAACUAAACAAGCAUGGGCGGAGAGCAACAACACUACGAUCGCCAAACCAGCUUUAAAGCAACUGAAGGAGUGUAGGAAGGAGAUAUCACUAUAUGACGUAGUACAAAAAAUCACGGAACAUGUCAUCAAACAAUAUGGGAGGAAGGCAGAACACAUCCCUGUCUUUUUCAAGAAGUGUAUCGAGCUAUGCUGGCUGAUGUGCUUGCAGAACCCGCCUGUUGUAAUUGGCGAAGAUGCAGCUGUUUCUGGCACUUUCAACGCCGAAAGGUACAAGCCUUACACCAAUACAGGAACGAUAGUAUCAUACAAUGUGUGGCCUCCCUUACUUCAUCAUCAGAAUGGAGCACUUCUUGUGAAGGGUGUCGUUCAGCCAUUUAAAGAGGAGAAAAAGAAAGAGUUACCAAAAAAGGAGCCGCCAAGUUCAAACAAAACCGAUCUCAGCAAGACUUACCAUACACCGUCGUCCGGUACCAAAUCGCUCAAUUCAGCUGGAUAUGCUCCCAACUCAACACAAAGACAAACGGCAUCGCCGGUAGUACCACAAACAAAGGAUGCAUGGGGGUGUCCUGUUACCCACGCGACCACUACCAUACACUAUCCGAAUCUACCAGCUGCAGGCAAUAGGAAUGGAAACCCUAACUAUCAGUCAACGACUACAACUCAACCAAGUCGACCACACGACACAUACACACAACGUCAAGUACCUCCGUAUUACAUUACUUGGCAUGAAGGUAAACAGUAUGCUGUAUCCAACGGCGAUUGGUAUGAUUUUAAUAUAUUCCGAAUGCAUUACGGAAUUAAAUAAAAGAUGAUUUUACUUCUUGACAAUUAUACUAAUUCUGAUUCAAAAUCAUUAGUGUUUGCAGACAUGGUAUAUGUAUGGCAUGGUUAUGGUAUAUUCACCUUUCUUACACAUUUACAGUUAUUUAUAUAUACUCUUAUUAGAUCUUGAAUUUGACUGACUGUCUCAAUGUCGUUAUUGGUGGACGUCAUGAUUCUGUUAAGAAUGGACCACAUCAGAGGGGAAACCAUUGUUUUCGUAGAAAUAUCAUGUUUGCUUUGCUUAAGCAUAUUUUUAUUCCAUAAAUCUAUAAAAGUCUAUAUACUAAUUUAAAUAAAUGGUCUUCUUUGAAGACUUAUAAUUAUCCAAUCAUCAUAGAAAAUUGAUUGGAAUUGUUAAAUAUGUCACAGUACCGAUGGUGUAAACACGCAAUACAUAAAGUGGUACUGCAAUGUAUCUAAUACACACCAACAAACCAAAUAAAAACAAACAAAAAAAAC